AUCAGCUUGGCUAUGCUCAGGCCAAAAAAAUCAGCUGCGUUUCCUAACAAAGAAAGCAUGCGCAAACUGCGAUUGAUUGCUAUCUAUCCAUCAUGCAUCAUGCAUGUAACUUUUCCCGUCGAGCUGCUGCACUUACAAUGUGCAUGGUGCGUGGCUUAUCGCUGACCUACAGCAUGCAGCACACCUUUUUGACUGGGUGUUCAGCUCACUGGUUCUACUCUAUCUUUGUGUGGACGCACAUGGACGCAACGGCUGAGUCUAUCCCCGCUCUGGGUGCCUGAUGAUAAUGCCGUUCUACUUGCGAUGCCCUACUACCUCGGUCCUCCACAUACUCCUCGCGGUGAUUCUGCGGUGUUGUCCCAACCAGAAAAAAUGUACAUCUACAAACGACCAGCAACGCAGAGCUUCACGUACCAUUCACGUACCCAGGCGUACGGGCCCCUUCGACCUUCGUCGCACUAAACUGAACGAAUGCCUACCUCAGAGCACACCGACUUUUGCAGACAACUGGUACUUGCCUCGACGCAAAUCUCUCGGUCUCUUACGAUGCACAAUCUCAUUAAGGAUUCGCAACCAUAACGCGCCGCGCGGUCAACCCACGUUCUCCAGCUUUCUGAACAUCGCCCCGUUCGGUGUUGCCAGUUACCAAUCACCGCUCGUGCGACGUACUUCGAAAGAGCUGACCGGUGGUGCCUGUUUUUCCAGUUGGAAACGGGCGAACCGAGUUGGCUUCAUAAAAAUACAGCAUGCCAAUUUUAUGACACUGCUUUCUGCCUCGGCAAUUUUUAGCUCCGUAUUUCUAGCCUCUGUAAGUGCAUGAAACGAAUGUUAUGAUUGUGUUUCAGGAUAGAGCUGGUUCCUGUGGUGUCACACGAUUAUUAUUUUGCGGUGAG